AUGGCCGUAAACAAUACACGUCGGAUCAACCUUGUUCGCAUCGCCCAUGUCUUUUACACCCAUAAAGACCUCAACGAAGCCCAUGAAUUCUUGCUAAACUUUGGCUUCCAGGAAGUCAAACGUGUGGGCACGGAUAUCUAUUAUCGCGGCACUGGUUCCCAGCCAUUUGUGUACUGUGCGCGACAUGGUGAAGAAGACGUGUUCGGGGGCGCAGCUUUCGUCGUGGAAUCUGAAGCUGAUCUUGUCGCUGCGCAAGAGCUUCCUGGAGCUACAGAGAUAUACGAGUUGAGUGAUGCGCCUGGCGGUGGUCGUUGUGUCACUUUCCACGACCCCAUCGAUGAUUUCCCUUUCCACCUUAUUUACGGACAAACACCCUGGGCCGAUGAAAAAGCUCUCCCGCAACUCGAUUUCAAUUUCCCGACGGUGAAACACAGACCAGGUAAUAAGGUGCAGCGAUUCGACAAGGGUCCUGCCCCAGUGCACAAGAUAGGUCAUUUUGGAAUGUGUGUCACCGACUUCGCCAAGGCCUUUGACUUCUAUACCACCCGAUUCAACUUCAAGCCGAGUGAUCUCGUCCAAGACUCUACCGGAAGAGACAUAACCACAUUCCUCCAUUUAGAUCGUGGUUCUGAAUUGGUCGAUCAUCAUUGCUUUUUCUUCUUUGAAGGUCCCAAGCCGCAUGUCCAUCACUCGUCGUUCGAAACACAUGAUUUCGACACUCAGGUGUUGGGUCAUGACUGGCUGCGCAGCAAGGGGUAUGAGAACUGCUGGGGUGUAGGACGUCACAUCAUGGGAAGUCAGAUCUUUGAUUACUGGUUCGAUCCCUCUCGCUUCAUCAUCGAACAUUAUGUUGAUGGUGAUUUGGUUAAUGAUGAGUAUCCCAUCAAUCGAUCCCUUGCCUCGCCUGGCAAUUUGCAUGUAUGGGGCCCAGAUCUUCCCCCCACCUUCCUGCAGUAA